AUGGUCACAGGAAAUCAUUCCACAGCAACCAAGUUUGUCUUAGUGGGUUUAACUCAGCAGCCAGAGCUCCAGCGACCUCUCUUCCUCCUGUUCCUGGGAAUCUAUGUGGUGACAGUGGUGGGGACCUUGGGCUUGAUUCUCCUGAUUGCAGUCAGCUCUCUGCUGCACACUCCCAUGUACUAUUUCCUCAGCAGCUUGUCCUUCAUUGAUCUCUGCUACUCCUCUGUUAUUACCCCCAAAAUGCUGGUGAACUUCCUAGGGGAGAAGAAUAUGAUCCUUUAUUCUGAGUGCAUGGUACAGCUCUUUUUCUUUGUGGUCUUUGUGGUGGCUGAGGGUUACCUCCCGACUGUGAUGGCAUAUGAUCGCUACAUUGCUAUCUGUAGCCUACUGCUUUAUAAUGUGAUCAUGUCCUCUCCGGUCUGCUCACUGCUUGUGCUGGUUGCCUUCAUCCUGGGCUUCCUCUCUGCCCUGGUCCACACGAACGCCAUGAUGAAACUGUCCUUUUGCAAAUCCCACAUCAUCAACCGUUACUUCUGUGAUGUCCUUCCUCUCCUCAACCUCUCCUGCUCCAAUACACACCUCAAUGAGCUUCUGCUUUUUAUCAUUGCAGGAUUUAAUACCUUGGUGCCCACCCUAGCUGUCUUCAUUUCCUAUGCUUUCAUCUUCUACAGCAUCCUUCACAUCCGAUCCUCCGAGGGCCGGUCCAAAGCUUUUGGAACUUGCAGCUCUCAUCUCAUGGCUAUGGGGAACUUCUUUGGGUCUAUCACAUUUAUGUAUUUCAAGUCCCCUUCCAGUAACUCCCUGGAACAGGAGAAGGUGUCCUCAGUGUUUUACACAACUGUAAUUCCUAUGCUGAACCCUUUAACAUACAGUCUGAGGAACAAAGAUGUGAAGAACGCAUUGAGGAAGGUUUUGGUGAGGAAAUGA